AUGGCCAACUUCGUCUAUCUGAAAUCUUUUCUAACUGCAAACGUGACAUCAUCUAUUGCUCAUUUGGAUGUUACGGGCGAAACGUAUGAUGAAGCCCUGGAAGAUUUGAAAGAUCGUUACAGCAAUGACCAAGUUCUGUUCAAUGCGUUCAUGAAAAAAUUUAUGAAUUUACCAACAUACACCCAACCAGAAUCAGCAGCGCAAUUAAAAUCGUUCCAUGACUCUGCACGUGCCUGCAUUUUCCAGUUAAGGAACCUCAAAUUUCAUACCGAUGAAAACUCCGAAUUUUUUGCAUUUCAUUUACUCGAAAAACUAUCGCCAGCUACACGUCUCGAAUUUGAAAAACACCGUAAAGAACCAAAGAAAGUUGCAAAACUUCAACAAUUGUUGGACUUUCUUAAAUCGACAUUUCUCAUUGCUGAUGCCGCACACGCAACGAGCAAUAGCGAAUCAAGGUCAUCAUCGUUGCACCAAAAAUCAAAUAACUCUUCCAAUAAAUCUCAGGGUCGAAAGGAAAUAGGAAAUUUUCAUGUCUCAAAAAAAUCAAUUGUUUGUCCGAUCGAGAGGUGCAAGGGCCCUCACGUUUUACGUAAAUGUCAGCAAUUCUUACAAUGGUCACCGUUUGAACCUCCAUUUCCAAACCCAAAUAAGGCAUCGACUUCAUCUCAGUUGAAUCAUGCACCGACCGUUAAUCCCCAAAUAGUCUCAAAUAAUUUGGUACACUCUAAUUCAACGGUUCUUCGUGCUACAGCAAUUGUAAAUGUGCUUGACGCAUCUGGUCAGCUCAUACGACUUCGGGCAUUAGUUGAUAAGGGAUCACAACAAUCAAUCAUCACUGAGCGUGCCGCUCAACGAUUAAAAUUAACAUUCAUUCCAUUCUGCAUUGGUUAUCGUCCUAUGGGCGAGAUCCAAUACAAAAUCGGCGACAAGGGAUUGAGUCUCAACAUUCAUUCGAUCGUCAAUCCGAAAGUUAAUUUUACUUCGAAAUUCGCUGUUCUUCCAUCUAUUACGUCAGAAUUACCUUUGCACUCAGUUAAGGUAAAAUCAUGGCAUCAUCUUGAUAAUUUGCCACUCGCUGACCCUUAUUAUGCAACUCCGGGUCAAAUCGAUCUAUUAUUAGGCGGUGAUGUCUAUGGUCGCAUCAUUGAGGAAGGCCUACGCAAGGGUGAAUUCGGUGAGCCCGUUGCUCAAUACACGACUUUGGGGUGGAUAUUAUUUGGAGAAUUAUUUCAAGCAAAUCAUGUUCUUACAUUCCCAUUGAUUGAUUGCCAUCACAUCUCGACAAUGGAAAUUGGUGAAUAUUUAACAAAAUUCCAUGAACUGGAGGAAGUACCAACAGAAAAAACAAUGUCUAAAGAGGAUGAAUGGACCGAGAAGUUUUACGAAGAAACUACAACUCGUCAAUCAAAUGGGAAAUUCAUGGAGCUCAAUCAAGUCAAACUAGUUCAUGAGAUUGACGAAAAACAUUUCUAUUUGCCUCACCAUGCCGUGGUUAAAGAAGCCAGUCUUACAACAAAACUCCGCCAAGUAUUUGACGGCUCGGCUAAAUCAACAAAUGGAAAAUCAUUAAAUGAUAUUUUGACUACCGGUCCUGUUUUACAAGCAGAUUUGGUUUCAAUAAUUCUGAACUGGCGUACGCACAAGUAUGUUUUCAUUGCCGACAUACAAAAAAUGUACCGUUGCAUUGAUAUACACCCGGACGACACUCACUAUCAAUACGUUUUGUGGCAAGAUAACGAUAAUUUAGGCAUUCAAACAUACGCUCUUCAAACCGUCACAUUCGGCCUUGCAUCAUCACCAUAUCAGGCAAUUAAAACCAUUCAUAUGGUAGCCGAAAAAAUCAAAGCCAUUUCACUAACUGUUUACAUCGCAUUUAAACUCGAAACUUAUGUAGAUGACAUCACAACAGGUAGCGAGACCAUCGAAAAUGCCAUCGAGAUGAUUCAAAUAAUCAUUCAUUUGCUGCGAAGUGCCGGCUUUGAGCUCCGUAAGUGGGCUAGUAAUUCACCUGAGAUUCUUCAACAAAUUCCCAUUGAGUAUCAUGAUCAAAAUACCAUGUGUUUGUUCAAUGUCGAAGACGCUAUCAAAACAGUCGGUUUGGGAUGGUCCAGCAUCAAAGACUUGUUCACAUUUUGCGUUAACUUUCCAACCAAUAAACAACUCACAAAACGCAAUGUGUCAUCUACAGUCGCUCGCUUAUUUGACCCACUUGGAUGGCUCAAUCCAUUUGUAACCAAAGAAAAAUUAUUUUUGAACAAAUUGUGGGAGAGUAAAUUUGACUGGGACGACAUUAUAACUUCUAUCGACCUUAAAUCUGUAUGGGAAAAAACUUUUGAUCAACUUCAAUUUAUCAAAGAAAUCGAAAUUCCUCGUUGGAUUAACACAUCAUCAACCAACAAAAAUAAUGAGCUUCACGUUUUUUGCGAUAGUUCAAACAGGGCAUACGCUACAUCAAUUUAUCUCAGAACAAUCGAUUCAAAUGAGAAAAUCCAUGUUAAUUUAAUCAUGGCUAAAAGUAAAUUGACACCAAUGCGCAAGCCGUUAACAACACCUCGCGCCGAAUUAUGUGGUGCCGUUUUAGCAGUAAAAUUGCUUGAACUGGUAAAAAAAUCAUUGAGAAUCCAAUUCAAUAAUGUUUUUAUGUGGACUGAUUCCAGCGUCGUUUUGUCAUGGAUUCGAGGAGAUCCAAAUCGUUGGUCAGUUUUUGUUUGUAAUCGAAUUCACAAAAUUCUAUCGUCAACUAAAAUUGGACAAUGGCACCAUGUCCGCACGUUUGAAAACCCAGCUGAUCUUAAUAGCCGUGGGCUAACUAUCAUCGAACUGCGUGACUCAUCACUAUGGUGGCAUGGACCCCAAUUUCUUUCGCUACCCCAAUCUGACUGGCCAGAUUCACCAUUCGAAGUUCAUGACGACGAUCGAAAUGAGCUCCGUUCAAAGGUGAAAUCAAUUAACCUCAACAUCAAAGAAGAAGUGUCCAGCGUCAAUACACUCAUGCAACGUUUUUUCAAAUUUCAACCGUCUUCGUCGUGCACUGGCAUACGCCAUUCGUUUCGUGAAAAUUGUUCGCUCUUCAAGCUCAAAUUGCCACGACCAUCGAAAUCAAUGCUAUCGAUUCCAAGAAAGGAACUCAUUGAACUAGUUCCUACACUCACCGUCGAUGAAAUUCAAAACAGUGAACUUUCACUUAUUCGGUGGAUUCAAUCAAAUGAAUUCUCAUGUGAACUCAAAACUAUUCAAGAUCAAAACCCAAUCAAGAAGUCCAGCAAAUUAUAUCGACUUAACCCAUUCAUCGACAACAACAACAUUCUUCGUGUCAACGGUCGUUUACAAAAUGCAUUUACCUAUGUCAUUUGA